CCUUGCCGUCGCCACCCCAUCCUGCCGCCAUGUCCCGCGUACAGCCCGUAGCGACCGUCGCGCUGACAGCGCACACGGCUUGCGCACAGCGGCUCGCUAUGCACCUUUCCUUGCACAACAUCCGGGUGAUAACCGCGAGCACAGCAAGCACAUCAUCAUCUGCGCUCGCCGACAUGGCCAGCGGCGUACCGAUCCAGACGCUCAGCUCGACAGUCGACCUCCUCAACACGGCGGACGUGGUCCUCUCGCUGGCCGAGGACCCGCUGCACGCCGCGAACGAGAUCGUCUACUCCGCUACGUACGCGGCGAAUCGUGGCGUGUUCUAUGUUGACCUUUCGCCGACGACGCCCGAGGUGGCGAGGAGGAUUGCGGAUGUUUUUGGAGGCGUGGCACUGGCCGGCGUGCCGAGUGGGCCUGGCGCGGAGGCGUUGAAUGCGCAUGUGGCUAGGGCGCUGAAUGUUAGGGCUGUGGGUGACGGGGUGGGCAUGGCGAGUGCGGUCAGGGAGGCGAUGGAGGUGGCGAGAGAGGGGAUACGCCGUGGGUUGGAGGGGGCGGAGAAGGAGGGGGAUGCGGUGCGCAGGGUGGUGGUUGAGGAGUUGCGUAUGAUGGUCGCUGCAGAGGAGCGGAUCGAUAUGGAGGAUUUUAUUAUGGAGUAGACGUACAUGAGAGCAAUGGCGGGUUUGUUGGUGACCUCCACUCGCUCGGAUCCGAGUGAUGCCGUGUGGGUGGGUGCGUGGGCAUCGUGACGUUUCUGUUCCAACGAGUGAAGCCUUCCGCCUAUUGUUAAACUGCCCCGACAACAACAAAACAUUCUUGGGGACCAAAUUGGCUUAGUAAGGAGUGAAGGCCGUUGUAGUCGUAGGAGCGGAGGAACAAUAGGGGGAUGUGAAUUGCGGUGGGGAGGGAGCAGGACGGUGGGACCAGCUAGGUCCGAACUUUGGUCCAUGGUUAUACUCUUUGAGGUGAC